AUGCACAGCAGUGUCCUCCGUUCACUGUCCGUUGUUUCGUGGCUACUGCCGUCUUCAGAUGCACAGAUAGCUGCUCGCCUUUCAUCCCCACUCGUUGAGACUGACCACCAACCAAAAGCGCUAUUCGAGUCUUCCCAAAUAACUCCUUCUGCGAUUGCAGUCAAUGGACUUCCAGAUACCUUUUCGAGUCCAUGCGACUUCAAUCACCUCCACCCCCGACAAUAUGCAGCAUACCAUCUCCAUCCACUUCGACCGACGCCCUCGAUCACCCCACGUAUCGUUAUUGACGGCCUUUUGAACGACACGGCGUGGGCCCAAGUGCCGUGGACCGCCGCCUUUCAAGACAUUCGCGGCCCGACGUUCUGGUCCCAGCCCUGGUUUACCACGAAAGUCAAGCUCCGGUACGACCAGCGCUUCCUCUACAUUGGCGCGUACUUGGAAGAAACUCAAGUGUGGGCCAAUGCAUCGCACCACAAUGACGUUGUCUUCCACGACAACGACUUUGAAGUGUUUGUCGACGCUGACGGCAGUACGCACAACUACAAGGAAUUCGAACUCAAUGCUCGCAAUGCGACGUGGAACUUGUGGCUCAAUCGGCCGUAUCGAGACGGCGGUCAUGAAAACAGCACGCGCGUGGAUCCCACAAAUGGGUUCGACAUGCUGGACAGUGGCAUGCAGUCGGCCGUGUACGUUAAAGGCCGCGUGAACGAUCCAACCGAGCGGCUACACUACUGGACAGCAGAGAUUGCUCUACCGUUAUCGGAACUCGCUCGGUAUUCCAAUGCCAAAGUGCCACCAGUGUCGACGUCGCAGUGGCGGAUCAACUUUUCACGGGUCGAGUGGCCUGUUCGAGUCGCACUGGAUCCAAAUACUGGCAAACAGGUUUACGAAAAAGAGGCGACGGACUGGCGCGAAGAAAACUGGACUUGGACUGCACAGUUGGCGGUGGACAUGCACCGUCCAGAGUGGUGGGGCUACCUCCACUUUCGUCCACGAGACGACAGUCCGCCGCUGGAAACCGACAGCAGCAAACCCAUUCCGCUCGAUCCGGAAUGGGGAGUGCGGUAUGUGAGUUUCCAGUACUACUACGCCCAACACGCUUUCCACAAUGCAACCGGAACGUACACGUCGCAAUUGGAGCGUCUGCUGCCGUACUAUACGGAUCGUGAGGCGAUAUUGUGCACCAACGUGCUUGACGUCAGUGCCUCCGAGACGUCGUUCCACGCGCACAUCAGAUCGAGAGAGCAGCUUCGUGCUUCCGAUUUUGUCGCAAGGAUCGACCAGCACGGAUACAUCCUUGUUGACAGGGUCGGCAAUGCAGCCGAUAUCGCUGCUCUUGAAUGA